CCUGAAUAGGGUAUUGUUGAUUAUUGUAAAUAUUCGUAAAUAUUACUUAAUAAGAGUAUUGUAAAAAGAAAAAAAUUCAACUAUAUUUGCAUGGUCAAAAAUGGGGAAUUCUCCUCGAAGAAAUGAAAUUACUCCUUGUACGGAUGAUAAAUGGUCGAAUAGAAGGAGAAAAGAGAGUUUUAAGAUAGUUUUAAUAGGCGAUAGCGAAGUUGGAAAGACAUGUGUCUAUCUAAGAUAUUUAAAGAAUCAGUUUUCCACAGAAUAUCAUCAUUCUUAUCAAAUGAAUAUGGAAAAUGUAACGCAUAAAGUCGACCUUGAUAAGAAUAUCACUUGUGGUUUAACUAUUCUCGAUAUCCCAGCCAAGGAGGAUAUCGAUCUUAGAGACACAUAUUAUAGAAAUGCUGAUGCAGCUAUAGUCGUAGUAGAUCUCACUGAUAGAACAAGUAUAGAGAUGGCUGGUACUUGGAAACAAGACUUUUGUAAAAGAGUAACGAAAGUUAUCUAUAAACGUUCUAAAGACAAGAAUGGUCAGGAGAGAAUCGUUUCCGAAUAUAUACCAACGAAUGGUUAUAAUAUGCCUGUCUUACUUCUUGGAAAUAAGUUUGAUAUUAUUCAAGAUCAGAUGGAAGAAGAAUUCAAGGAUGAUUCGAAUAAUCAUUCAGCCUAUAAUAAAAUUUGUCAAGAUUUAAGCCUUGAAGAGAAUUUAGAUAAAAAACUUGAAUUUAGCGAAAAUUCGGAGAACGAAGACGAGGAUAGAAAUGAUGUUAUAGUAGAUGAUUCUUCUUUGGGAAAGAAAAAAAAAUUCAAGAAACCUCCUUGCGUUAAACUCUUAGAGCACGUUGGAGAAGAAUUCGACUUUAUUUCAAGUAUUGCAGCAUCCGCCAAGCAUAGUACAUCGUCUAAAGCAUUUCAUCUAAUAUUAAAAAAAUUGCUAGAAUUGAACGGAUACAAAGAAACAGAAGAGAAAUCAACAGAUGAAAAUACCAAAAAUGAUAACGAAACUGAAGAAAUCGAAGAGGAAUUUUUCGGAAUGCAAAAAUGUGAUAUAGAAGAAGUAGACGCCUUAGUUGUUGCCUCUGUUUCAUCAAUUUCAAAAGUAGAAGAUUUAUAUACAUUCUACAAUUUAGCUGAGAAGAAAAUGAAACAAAUUUUCAAUGAUAUCGAUAUUAUUGAAGAUAUACAUUGCAGCUUAGAAGAUUGCGUCUAUGGUCUUAGGCGUUCCGUUUUUAAUUCAAUAAAGAAAGAACUACAAAUUCUACCCUUCGAAGAGUUUGUUCGACUUGUCUACGAGGAUAGCGAAGAAGAGACGGACGACGACGAAGAAGAGGUUUGUUCUUACAAAAUAGUCUUUUCCUUCUAUAAACUCGUUUGACGCGUAGAUCACUAGAAUUAGGAGGAAGUUACCGAGAGGAGUACCGGAAGCUUUAGAUACAUUCAAUGCGGAGGUAAUUUGUCUUACUCUCUUCGUGAUUAAUAACAAGUUCACUUUCUUCAAUAUUCAGUAUAGCACAGUAUGCAGUCACAUAAUUAAACAAUCUCCUAAUUUACUAAGGAAAUUAGAAAAUUUAGACGCCUAUUUCGAGGGUAAAUCGGCGAAUGCAUACGAUAUCACACCGCUUAGAGAAGAUGGCCAACCGGACGUUAAAAAAGUUCACGGUGUUAAGAAGAUUUGCGAAACAAAUCGAGCCAGAUUAAAGCAUUAUAUAAGAAUGUUACAACAAUUAUGCGAGUUAAUAAGAAAUUGUAAAGAAAAAGUGAAUCUGGCCUUACUUUGGUAGGAAUUGAAUAUUCAAUUAAAUCAUAUACUUGAUGAAAAGUUACAGUGUGCUAUUUCUAUUUACGUAUUAUUCUUUCUUCUACCUCUCUAUAAUGUAUAUUGUUUGUGAUAAUGACAAGUAAUCCUCGACUUCCUGUAUCGUUCCUUAGCCAUAGGAGCUUAUGCAUGUCCACUAUUGGGCCUUUAAUGUAUUGUUCGAAUAUUUCUUGUCUUCUUGAGAAAUAGAGGUGGACAACCACAAUUAACAAACCAUCAAAAAUGCUGAUUGCUUGUAUUUUUUUUUUUUUGGUAAAAAAAACUGUUGAAACUUACAAGAUACUAACUUUCCAUGUCACUAUAAACAUAGAGACAGAAUAACGAAAAUAAAAAUUUUCACAAGCACAACAAACACAAGCACACUUAUUACUACUUUUUUUUUUAAUAAUGUUAGUAGAAAAUGUAUGGUUUACUGAAUAGACGAGAUCUAAUAUAUAACAUUGAAAUAAAUCCAUCAAUGUUGGAUUUUAACACUUUUUUUCUGUGAAAAGUUAACUGGUCUCAUCUUUCUCUUCUUCGUCAUCUUUUUCUUUUUCGUUCUUCUUGGCUGCGGCUUUACCUUUAUUCUUCCCAGCUUUUGGUUUUCUUCCACGUUUAAGGAAUUCUUUGCCUUCCUUGGCCGUUUUCUGCAUAGUUCCCUCCUUUUUCAACUCGGCUUUUUUAGCGGGUGCUUUUGCCUUUGCUUUCUUGGGUGGAGCUUCAGCUUUUUCGGGCGCUGGAGGACGUUUACGCAGUUGACGACCUAAACAUAGCAGUUAAAAGUUGUUGAAAGUUCAAUCGCAAAAUUAAAAAGUAGUUGUAUAAUUUAAGACAAAAAAAUUUCGCAAAAUGGUUUAAUCAGAAAGCUAUAAUAGGGUAGCUAGUUAUCUUUAUUAGCAAAGAAAAAUUAUUAAACUUCUCUUCAACUGAACCCUUCGUAAAUUGUAACCUGGGUGUAACCUAAAAUAAAAUCAGAAAUUCAACUAAAUCGAUAAAGCUUCUGCAAAAAAUCAAUGAAGUAUAGAAAUAAUCCAAUUUUAAAGCGAAAUUGAAACGUGUUAAGAAGUAAUAAUUCAACUACUGAGAAUUAGUUGUUACAAAAUUUUAGAAAUGUGAAGCCAACCUCCUGACAAAUCCAAAUCCUUUCCAACAAGGGCUUUAGCUUCCGCAGCAGUUUUAGCCAUGGAUGACAUUUUCUUAGGGGCUCCCUUUUUUUUAGUGCCUUUUUUCUCACCCUUAAUAUCUUCAAUUUUCUUUUGCUGCCCUCUUGUAUGGGCAUCUUCAUCUGGACGGCCUGCAGAAUCCAGAAGGGCAUUUCCUUCCUGUUUCAAGAAAAUGAUGUAAAAUUAGUUUUAGUUUUUUCAAAUAAAGUGGGAAUUAUCAUAUGCAAAUAAGAAAAAGCAUACAAAAUUUUUUAAGAAAACGAAACACAGAACAAAAAAAAUAAACAAUCAGUGUGCGUGAAAGAUAAAAAAACAGCAGAAAUGAAUUAAGAAAUUGUGAACAGAAGGGAUAUUUUUUAUUUUUGUACUGGAGAAAGCAAAGAAACCUUUGCGGUUGCUUUCAUAGUUCCCUGUUUCGCCAUUUUGGCUUUUUUCCCGACUUUUUUGUCGUCCAUUAGGUAGGGUUUCUUCCAUUCGGUCAGAUUUUUUUCCAGGAAGGCUUUUCCUUCCUAUUUUUAUGAAACAAUAUUUUUUAAAAAAUACAUAAUUGAACUAAUAGCUUAGUGCGUCAUAAAAAAAACCUUCAGCGAAAAAAAUAGGUGAUUUGCUAAGAAAAUAUUAAAAAUUAUCAAUAUAAUAUAAAAAUCUAUAUAAAAAAUGAAAACAAUCGUAUUUGUGCCAUGUUUACACGGUUACAAAAGAGCAACAGCGUAAAUAGACUCUUUUGGAAAAGUUACGUAACAAUGGAAUACAACUUAUCAAUGAGGACGUUUUAAAGUACUUUAUCCCUUUUUUUUGCAUGUUUCACUAACUAAACACCUGUUCGUAUAUUUUUUAAAUAUAAAAACAACGAACUCAACUAUAUACCAGCGACUAUUAUACGGAAAAUCGAUCACAUAGUAAUUUAGGCCUAUUAAAAAAUGAAUGACAAUAAGCUAUUAAUGCAAAUGAAAACAAGUUCCCCGAUUAGUGCUCUUUUUAAAAAUAAAGUCUGUUGAAUAAAACUCAUAAUAUAAAAACGCUCAAAAUGCAAAAUCUUUUGAUUUUUAAAAGAGGCAAAAAUUUAACGGUUUUUUCAAAUAUGGUUUAAAAUCAACGCAACGCAAACUCUCUGAAUAUGCAGAAUAAAUCGAACAUUUUAUCGAUUACAAAUACUUAGUUAAAAUACAAUUUUUCAUAUUUAUACCCCUAGUUUUUUUUUUGAUUACCGAUAAGAGGUCAGAUAUAACAGCUCUUUGCCUCCAUUUGUAACGUAAAUGGCACGAUUUGUAGAAACAUAUAAUAGUGUUCACGGUGUAAACAAAAGAACAUUCUACGGCGGGAACGCUUUCAAAGACACUAAUUUGGUUGAUUGAAGCAGAUAUCAAAAUAAAUUAGUAUUCUUUUGAUGAAUACUUCUAAUUGGUUUCGUAACGACAUUAUUUACAUGUAAAUAUGAGCCAAAAAUUCAUUGAUCACUAAUGUCCAGCUAUUUAUACUAAUUUUAUAAUGUUAAAAAUAUAUUUACCUUAGCUGUAGCUACCAUUGUCCCUGCACGGCUUAAUUCGGCUUUAUCACUCAUUUUGAUCGUUGUUUUUGAGUGAAAAUGUCGAAAUUUAAUAGAUAUAUUGAGCGAAAUUAACAGAUAGUUUCCGCGAUGGCGACCGGCGUAUAGCGUGCCCACGUGACCUUAACUGUAAAAUAUGAUUGGUGUAGAGAAUUUCAAACUUUAUGACGUCACGGGCUAUAUUUCGACUCUCUUUUUUUCUAGAAAAGGGCUACCAUUUUUUUAAAAAAGCAUAACAAAUACACUUUUCA